GCACCAAAGGAAUAUUUAUUCAAAGCACAGGACUACAUGCGUAACCACUUCUCAAAUGUUACUUUUAUUGUAUGUUCAAAUGAUAUAGAAUGGUCAAAGACUGUUUUCCAGAAUCAGAAUGAUGUGAUUAUCCCACCUUCUGGUACAGCUCAAUUAGACAUGGCUUUAUUAAGUCUCAUGAACCAUACAAUUAUAACAGUGGGAACUUACGGGUAUUGGUCUGCUUGGCUCAAUCAAAAUAAUGGAACUGUGAUAUAUUACAAAGAUUUUUUCGAACCAAAUUCAACCUAUGGUAAUCAAGUUAACAUUACGGAUACAUAUUAUUCACACUGGGUAGGGCUU